UCACAUAAAUCUGUUAAGCAAACUGACAAGACAGAUAUUGGGAAGCCUAUAAUUAACUCUGGUAAGACUAAACAAAGCAAGCAAAGCACUUUAGAGAAUACAAUCUGCAAGAUUAUUCAAAGUGAACUUAAAUUGAUUUUUUCCGCACUUAUUACCCAAGAUUCUAAAACUGAUACGCUAAAACAAGCACUUCCUAUUCAGGAGCAAAGUGAUGAGAUUCCAAUUACCAAAGAUAUAUUGCCAUAUCUAGAGGAGGUCGAAUAUUUAGAUGAUCCAAUGGAGAUCAAUUUUGUUCAGAAAAAGGAACCAAAAACAAGUGUUGCAACUAUAGAAAAAUAUUGUUGA